AUAACUUUAUGAAGAACGAAAAGAUAAAAUAAACGUUUAUUUUAUCUUUUCGUUCUUCAUAAAGUUAUUUACCUGUUUUUUAUUAAAUGUUUAUGUACGUUUGCUAGUAUUUUUAUCAUUGCCUGAUGAUGUGAAUAAUUAUUCAAGAAAAAUCUAAAAAAAAAAUGCUCUUAUCAACGCAUAUUAUUCUCUUAUUUUGUAACAUCAAGAAUAUUCAGAAUUCUUUAUUAUAAUACCAGAGGAACAUGGUAGUUUUGUGCCACGAUAUUGCUGUAUAGGUUGCGUAAAUCAGGUUUUUUUUCAUACUAUCGUCCUUUCUAUACAAAUUUUCUCGUUCAUGACGUUAAGUUCGUACUCUAUUGAAAAAAGUACAUUAAGGUAGCGUUACAAACGGAGGUCAGACAAAAGUAUUUGUACUUGUACUUUUCGCACUUUUUCCAGCAAAAGCACAAAUACUGAUCAAAUAAAUAUACCUGGUCACCAUACUGGAUGAGUCAUAAGGAUAGCAAUAUUUAGUAUUUUUCAGAUAACUCAAUACAGAUAAGUUGCACCAUCUUGGCUUUUUUUAGAAGAUCCACUGUGAAAUUUUGCACACGAAAAAUCAUGAGCAAUCCUACUGAAUUAGUUUGGCCAUUUUUUUACUAAGACUAAAAAUAAAGGAAUGUCUAAUGGUGAAAUGUUAUAUCGUCCUGAGAGAAUUAAAAAUAAAACUAAUACUAAAAACUAGUCGCUUUUCUUAUUUCAAGCAAAACUUUGCGUAAUAUUAUCAUUAGGAAAGGAAAGUUGUCGUUACCAAGUAACGGAAAUUUUCUGAUUUUUUCUCAAAAGAAAAGCUAUUCGUCGAGCAGAUUUGAUUGGAGUUAACACUUCAAAACUCAAAAGUAAGAGUCAUUUAUAACUUGAUUAUAAUUUGUAUUUUUGAAGUGACUAAAGGUUCAAAUUAGAAAAUUUCAUUGAAAGCAUGAGCAAUACAAUCCGGGUUUCGGCAACCGAAAGUCUCUAGAUUCAGCAAACUCUAUUUGUCAAUAACUUCUACUGCAUAUUUCUCUCACUCAUAUACUAUGAUGGAUUGAAUUUCUAUCAAAAAUUUGCAAUAUCUUUAGUAAUCUUGAGAAAAUGAAUUUAUUAUAACAUAUUCUAUGACAUUAUGAUAUAGAAACAUCUUUUUCUCAUAAAAUGACCAUUUUUAGAUACAGUAGAGUAAUAUUAUGUUUUUUUUUGUGCUAUAAAAUUAAUCAUUGUGGUUAAAUAAUUUUUAUUUUCUAGUUAUGUGGGUUGCAUUAGCAGUAGAUAGUUUUAUUUUCUUAUGUCGGAUGUUUGAACAAGAUGAUGGAACAAAUCAAACAUCUUUAUUAAUUGAUGCUGCAUUUGGUCUUAUCUAUUUUGUUGCUUUUGUUAUUUUACUUGUAUCAUGGAUAAAAUGUUCAAAUACAAAUACAUUAUUUUGUAAUGGUAAAUAUAAAUGUAUUGUUCAUAUUCUACCUACUUUUGGUGCUCUUGCUUUAACAAUAUUGUAUAUAUAUCAUGAUGUUCAACGUUCGAUUCAAAAAUUAAAUUCCAUUUAA